UAUAUAAAUGCAGACCAAAGGGCGCACACAGUCCCACGGUGUGGUAGCGCUUCAUCACCAGCCGCCUCCAACUCCACCAGUCUGCUGCAGCCAUGGCGUUCAACGGGUCCUGGAAGGUCGACCACAGCGAGAACUACGACAAGUUCAUGGAGCAGAUGGGCAUAAACGUCAUGAAACGCAAGCUGGCGGAACACGACAACCUGAAGCUGGUCAUCGAGCAAACGGGCGACAAGUUCCACAUCAAAGAGUCCAGCACCUUCCGCACCAAAGACAUCGACUUCACCCUGGGCGUCCCCUUCGACUACAGUCUGGCCGACGGCACCGAAGUCUCAGGAACGUGGGAGCUGGAGGGCGACGUGCUGAAAGGCAAAUUCACCAGGAAAGACAACAACAAGGUCCUGACCACCACCAGAACUCUGGUGGGAGGAGAACUGGUGCAGACCUACAACUACGAGGGAGUGGACGCUAAGAGGACUUUCAAAAAGCACUAACCUGGAGUCUGAAGUUCCGAUUUUAUUUUUGUAUAGAUGGCACAGUAUCGAUUAGUUACCUUCUGACAAUAAGGCCAAGAGGAGCGAAUGUAGGGACGUGCUUCAGAACACUGGGAAACUAAACACGGAGCCAAACUCACACGCACACAACUAAUCUACGCUUAAAAGUGGUCAAACGAGCGCAAAACGAGCCUCUGCAAAUAACUGCAGCGUGUUAGUUUUAAUGUUUUAGGAGUUACACAAAGUGCAGUGGAUUGUCUCGCUUUCACACAGGGUCACUAUUUGUGAGCAUCAGCAGGAAAUAUGGAAAAAGGUAAAGUGGCAUCUGGUUCAGUUGAGAUUUGCAUCCACUAAAACCUGGGUGACAUCAACCUUUUCACUUCUCCAGCAGCAGAGACUGAAUUUACUUUUAUUGCCUCCAUCCUUGACCCUUUAACUGGAAGCAGCUUGAAUCAGAACAAUACUAAACCCGCACAACAGCAAAUGUUAGAUUUUGUUCAGAGUCUUUAACUAUUUGGGAAAUAAAUUAAUUUGCACUAAUGUCUUUUAUACUGUAACAAUAAAGCAACCUAACAUCUAA